AUGCGCGCCUUAACAGAAGAAGAAACCAAGAUCGUGUUCCAGAAACUCGCCAACUACACCGGCCGAUCGCUCAACCAACUCAUUCAGCCUCCGGACGACAAUGAGCGCUAUGUGUUUCGAGUGCAGGGCUCCAGGGUAUACUAUGUGAGGCUGUCGGUAGCCAAUCUUGCAACUAGUGUUGCGCGUGAUAACCUCUUGAGCUUGGGAAUCUGCCUGGGAAAGUUCACAAAGACUAUGAAAUUUCGACUGCACAUCACUGCGCUUGACUUGAUUGCCCCUCUAGCCAGAUAUAAAGUGUGGAUUAAGCCCAAUGGCGUCCAGCCCUUUUUAUACGGUGGAAACAUUGUCAAGGCCCAUAUUCUGCGGUGGUCUGAGGAUUGUCCGGAGCAUAGCGGAUGCGUGGUCUUUUCGCAGGAUGACACGCCCUUGGGCUUUGGAAUCUCGGCGCGGUCGACUGCAGAAGCCAGAAAACUCGAACCGACCGCAAUCAGCGUCUUCAACCAAGCUGACGUCGGACUCUAUCUCAGAGAGGAAGAUACUUUGUUCACGACAUAG